GGGCAGCACAGGGUGGUGGAUGGGACACGUCACCGAGGGCAGCCACUGCCACAUCCCCUCUCGUGUCCGGCUGAACCCACGGUCCGAAUACCACAUCCUCCCACAGAGCUUUGCUUCCCCCUUCCCAGGCUCUCUGUGCCGAGCUGGUUUAUCCCACCAGCUGCAUGUAUUUUCCUCAUCCUCCCAUUCCCUGUGCAUGUCCCCGGAAUGAGAAGCUUCCACAAUAUCCCUGUCAGCUCCAGCUUGGACACCAACCGACCCAACCCUGGGUCAUUUCGAUGCCAGCCCUAACGUGGGUAUAGAAGAAGCAGGGAUGUCUAAUCCAGCCUCCAGAUGCUGAAAAAUCCUUGGGGAUUUAUCCAUCUCAGCUCCGUCCCUAGGCCUGUGUGGAGGGAGCUGCCUUUGUGCUGUAGGACACUGAACCGCUGCCUCUUCCCCAUCCUGCUGGAGCACGGCCACCACACUGGAGAGGAGAGGAGAGGGGAGGUGAGAGAGAAACAUCACCGGCUGGAGAUCCUGGGGCUGCCCAGGCUGUGAUUUACCCAGAUAAUGGCCCUUUCCAAUUUGUCCAAUUUCUUGGAUGAUGUCGAUAACUACAGUGACUACCAGGAUUACAUCUACGACGAUGCGAGCAGUGUGUGGGUAGACCCGUCCCAUGACCCGAAGGACAUUGCGAGGAUCCUCUCCGUCAUCAUCUACACCGUGUCCUGCGUGCUGGGCAUCCUGGGCAACGGCCUCGUCAUCGCCAUCAUCACCCUGAAGAUGAAGAAAUCAGUCAAUGCUGUCUGGUUCCUCAACUUGGCCGUGGCCGACUUCCUCUUCAACAUCUUCCUACCCAUAAACAUCGCGUACACGGCCAUGCGCUACAACUGGAUCUUUGGCACGGUCAUGUGCAAGCUCAACUCCUUCCUUCUCAUCCUCAACAUGUAUACAAGCGUCCUGCUGCUCACCACCAUCAGCUUCGACCGCUACAUCUCGGUAGUUUUCCCCGUGUGGUCCCAAAACCACCGCUCGACCAACCUGGCGUAUUUAGUGUGUUUGAUCAUCUGGACCAUCGGCAUCAUCAUGAGCUGCCCCUCCCUUGUCUUCCGAGACACGGCACAAACCCGAAAUUCCGUGAUUUGUUUCAGCAACUUCUCCCUCUCCAGGAACAAGUCUUACCAAGCCCUGGCACUGAUGAGGCACCGCACGGUGAACAUCACCAGGUUCCUCGGCGGGUACAUCCUCCCCAUAACCAUCAUCACUUUCUGCUACAUCGCCAUCGUCUUCAACCUGCGUCGGAAUCGCCUGGCCAAGUCCAAAAAGCCCUUCAAGAUCAUCGUCACCAUUAUAGUCACCUUCUUCCUCUGCUGGAGUCCCUACCACCUGCUGAACCUGCUGGAGACAGAGCCGGGCAUGGUCCCGCCCUCUGUGUUUGAGGUCGGCAUCCCCAUCACCACGGCCCUCGCCGCCUCCAACAGCUGCAUGAACCCCGUGCUCUACGUCUUCAUGGGCCAGGACUUCAAGAAGUUUAAGGUCACCAUCCUUUCCAGGCUGGUGAAUGCCCUCAGUGAGGAGACAGGCCACUCCAGCAUCGUUCACAGGAGCUUCUCCAAGAUCUCUUCCAUGACUGAGAAGGAGACGACAGUGCUCUAAAUUCAACCUGGUGCCUUCAGGGGGGACAUAGUCCUCUGGUGUUGGCCAUGCCCUCCACUGGGAUGCUGGCCGGCACUGUGGUGGUCCCUGAUGUGGGACAAGCAUGGUCCAACACCGUCCUAUAGUCUAUUCCUUGACUGGUGUUGCUGCCUGGGGGCUGGAAGAGAUUGGAGACCACCACUAUGUGCACGUGGAGAAGACAUAAGUACCCUGAUCUUUGUCAUUGCGAAGAUUGUUGUACCAAACUAUUUAAGGAAACACUUCAGGAUGUUCCUGUCUAACCUUUGCACUCUCUGACCUGGGAAGGGCAUUCCUGGUGUUUCCAGAGACAUUGUGAUGGGGUGGGGGAUGUGUCUGGGAAGGCACCUCCCAAGAUGUGUGCUGGGUGGGCACCACCACAGGUGAUACCUGCUAUGGCCAAAGUGGGGACACUCCUCUCCUAUGUCUCUGUUUGGCUGCUUGUGUUAAAUCCUGAGGUAUUUUGGUACAAGUGCAAUGUGUUUGUAACUGUUGGGAGCACUUUGCACCCCAAGAGGCCCUGGGAGGUGUCCUCAUAUCGGCUUUGAAUAUCCCACCUCGAUGAACUGGGAAGUCUCAAAUGUCUUCUAAGUGAUCCAGACCGAGGGGGUGGGGACUGGGCUUGUGCACAGGGUCACUGACGUGGAAAACUGAGAGAAAAAAGAGAGAAAGAUGAAUUUGAAGUGUGUUUUGAACAACCCUCCCUUUGAUGGGCACAUUCCACACGGUACAUUUUGCAAAGUGAUUUGAUGUUUGGGACCAGGAGUCCCAGUGAUUCCUUGCAAAGGGCCUGAGUGGCACCAGGGAAUGGGUCCAGGGGCUGGGAACGAGCUUCUGCAAAGGACCUGCUCUCCUCUCCUGCAUCCAGAUGGCCCUGGGAACUGGCUCCGUUGAUGGCAGCUCCCUGGUGGGACUGAUUGGUCCUAUGGGAUGAUUUUCUCUCUUCCAACCAGGCAGCAAACCCAUCUUGGGAGACUCUGGGAGUCUUGUGGGAGACUCUGCCGCCACACACCAAUCUCUGAGGUGAAGGCUGGGCUAAGCCACUGUCUCCAUCCAAUUUCACACACAGUUAAUCUGGGAGCUCCUUCUCCAUUAGGGCUUCUUGACUAUGACACCGGUGUCACGCUUAUUUAUGUGUUGGUUUCUCCGUGUCACCCACAGCCUCUCUCUCCCAGGAAAGUGAGGAGCCCUGGAGCUGGGUUUGGGCAGCCCCAGUGGCACCAGGGAUGUUUCAGGAGGUCCCCACAGGAGCUUUGUGCAGGUAUUGACAGGCUGGCAACUGAAAGUCUGCUCACAGGUGCCCAUGAAGGCUGAAAUAUUUAUUUAUAGCAUUUCUUGAAAAUCAGAAAAUGGAAAAAACCAUGAAGAGGCAGCUCCCAGGCAGAGGAAGAGAGCUAUUUACAGGCUCCUGGUGGCAGCAGAUCGUGCCAGACAGGUACAAACCGAACCACAAAGCCUCGGUAAUUGAGCUGCCGCCCUGAGCUGCGGGAACGUCGUGGAUCAGAGCGGAUGCUGCAGCGGGAGCUGGAUUUCAGAGGGAUUAUCAGGCGUCCCCUCCGCCCUGGCACUGCCUCCCUGCUCUGCCUUGAUCUGCAUAACCUCGUUAGUGUGAUGGGGAGAGGGCAACAGCCACGCCAUGGGAGCUGGAUCUAUCCUUCCCUGGGAUGAGGCUGCCUGCAGCAUCCCUGCCCCAGGACAGGGAUCCCGAUGGAAUCCAGUGUGUUUGGCUGCGGUUUUGGUGCUGCUGAUGGUGUAAGUUGUUCUGGGGCAAGUUUGUCCCCGAAGCCAGGGCAGGGAGGUGACCUCCUUCCCACCACUGUGGAUCCAGCCUGCUAAAAGUGGGAGAUUUAUCCUGAAAAUUAAGAGUAUCCUACCUGAGCCCCGAACGGAAACGCAGCACGGGAUGAGGUUUAUAAAGGAAAUUGAUGGGAAAUUAAUGGGAAAUUAGUGACUUCACCUGUUGGAUGCUGCUGUCACUACACAGGGGCUGUAGGACACACAGCACCUGGCUCCAGGUGUCUCCAUAUCUCCUGGGAGCUGGGAAUAAGCUGCUUCCCCAGGGAGCAAUGCCACAUUCUUGGGCUGCACUGUGUCCUGUGGCCAAGCCCAGGACCACUCUCAGCCCAAAUCCACACAUUUUUUCCUCUAAAACCGGUGCACAAUCCAUAACCAUGGCAGAUGCUGGAGCAGGGAUGCUCCUCCCUCAUUUUGGUGGCUGGAUUUUGCAAGCCCAUCUAUUAUUCCUGCAAACAGCUUUCCAAAAAAAAUAGUGACUUGGUACUUAACCUGGGGUUAAAUCAUCACUAUAAUGACAGCUUGGGAAUCCCAAGUUUCCCAAAUGUUUGAGUUCAUCCUUGUAGCUGUUUACUUAUUUAAUAAAAGAACCUGUUUUCCAUACAAAUACCCCCGGUAUGUGCUGAAGAUCAUUACAUGGAGUGGGAAGGAUCCCAGGGUUUUUUCAUUGAGCAGUCCCCGUGUGCAUUCCUGAUCCCUGCUAUUGAAUUUGGAAUUGUCAAAGUGGUCAGGAGCAGAGAGGUUGCAGGGCUGGGGCUUG